GAAAAGCACACAGCUGUUUUUGACAAUCGGACACUACAUUUUCGCUACAAUUGCACAAUUCUUCUUAUUAUUAUAAAAUUUACGUAAAUUUAUAACAGAAAUAGUGCAAAAAUGCGUCUAACUGAGGUAUUAUUCAAAAAAGUGAAAAGCAAACGCAUCAUGGUGCUAAUGGAGAGCGUGGUUAGUGGUCAUCAGUUCAAUAUGUUCCGUGAUCGUUUAGCAGACAAACUGGAAUUGUUGCGUUUCGAUCCAUAUAUACAAAAGGAGUGCAUCUACCGCGAACGCAAGAGGAUACGCAGCGCUUAGACGUUUGUUUAUAGUGUUUUAAUGUUUGUAGGAAGUUCAUCUUAAAUAAAUGCUGUUGUUUUUAAAUAUAAUAAA